UGUCCAUAACUACAUAACGAGUCGAGCCAUUCUUGUUGAUAUCAAAACGGGACUCCCACUCGCUCUUCACGCGCUUCUCCAAUGAUCUCAUUUCCCGUACCUCACUUCCUCCACAAGCGUUGGUCAGCCAGUUCGAGGCGGUCGAAGCCGCAGGGCGCGCGCUUCGUCAUCACGGCGUUACCGGGCAACUUCAGCACGGACAGCGCGGAUAGCACGGACACUUCUGACGCUGCUGCUUCACUCCGGCGACCACGCUCUCCUUCACGACCACAGCGAGCGGCUCCACCAUGACUUUAAGGUGAUCUUCGGUCCGGGUGGUUCUGGGGGUCCAGGUUUGUAUCGUGAGAGUGUGUGAGCUCUUCCAGAGGAAGGGGCUGCCUCGGGCCCUAGUGCCCAAGGAUCUAAGGUAAGCAGCAGUGCCCAGCAGAGAGGAGGUGGAACAGUAGUGCAGGAUGGAGAAGGAGGAACUGAAGAUGCUUAAUAAGGGGCAGGAGGAUGAGAUGGAGCUGAGUGGGUAUCGGCCAUGCCGCUGGAAGCUGGCUCUGGUAGGAGUGGGGGUAUUGUGCACGGGAGGCUUUCUGCUUCUGCUGCUCUACUGGAUGCCCGAGUGGUGUGUGAAGGCCACCUGCAUACGCACCACUGUCAGAGACGCCCAGGUGGUGCUGCUCCGGAGUACUGAUGAGUUCAAACGGUGGUUCCGGGCUAAGGUGCGUGUGAUGCUGGCCCCGGGGAGGAACCCUUACAUCAGCUUGGACUCUCAGACCACCACACCCAUGGCCAAUGGCCACACACCCCACCCUUCCAACACCUCAGCUGAUGGGUUCAUGAGGAAAUACGCCGAGUACCAGCCUGUACAGAUCCGGUAUUUUACACUUCAUAGCACAAAGUACUACUGGAAUGACGCUAUCCAGAACUUUGAGGUGUUAACGGGUCUGGAGGAUCUAGGGGUGAGGUGUUCCACCAUCCAUUUGGAGCACAGUGCCGGCCUUAGCCAAAACCAGCAGGAGUACAGGAGAUUAUUUUUUGGAGUGAAUGAAAUUGCUGUGAAAGUGCCUUCCCUUUUCAAGCUGCUAAUCAAAGAGGUCCUCAACCCCUUUUACAUCUUCCAGCUCUUCAGUGUUAUCCUAUGGAGUGCCGACGAAUACUACUACUACGCUAUGGCUAUUGUGUUAAUGUCGGUCAUAUCGAUAGCUACCUCGCUCUACACCAUCAAAAAGCAAUACGUCAUGUUGCACGACAUGGUGGCUGCCCACAGUAUUGUUCGUGUAUCAGUCUGCAGGGCCAGUAACGAUAUUGAAGAAGCAAUGUCCACAGACCUGGUGCCUGGUGACGUCAUGGUCAUUCCCAGCAACGGGACCAUCAUGCCCUGUGAUGCAGUGCUGAUUAGUGGAACCUGCAUCGUCAAUGAGAGCAUGCUUACAGGUGAGAGCGUGCCCGUCACUAAGACUAAUCUACCCAACCCCUCACCUGCUGAGAAGGGGACAGAGGAUGACCAAGUAUACAACAUAGAUGAACAUAAGAGACACACUCUGUUCUGUGGCACCAAUGUCAUACAGACCCGCUUCUACUCCGGAGAACUGGUCAAAGCUGUGGUUGUCAGGACCGGGUUCAGUACUGCCAAAGGCCAGCUAGUUCGUUCCAUCCUGUACCCUAAGCCCACAGACUUUAAGCUGUACAGAGAUGCCUAUCUGUUUCUGCUGUGUCUCGUGGGAGUGGCUGGCAUUGGCUUUGUCUACUCAAUCGCCCUGAGCAUUAUGAACCAGGUUCCAGCUAAGACCAUCAUCAUCGAGUCUCUGGAUAUCAUCACCAUCACAGUGCCACCCGCACUGCCUGCGGCCAUGACAGCUGGCAUUGUGUAUGCACAGCGACGCCUCAAGAGACUCGGCAUCUUUUGCAUUAGCCCACAGCGGAUCAACAUCUGUGGUCAGCUCAACCUGAUCUGCUUUGACAAGACGGGCACACUCACUGAGGACGGUCUGGAUCUGUGGGGCGUGCAAAGAGUAGAGAAUGGAAGUUUCCAUCACACAGAGGAGAAUGCUUACAAAGAGAGUCUGGUGAAGUCUCACUUUGUGGCCUGUAUGGCCACAUGUCACUCUCUCACCAAGAUUGAGAGUCAGCUCUCUGGAGACCCUCUGGACCUGAAGAUGUUUGAAGCGACUGGCUGGAUCCUAGAGGAGGCCACAGAAGAGGAGACUUCCCUCCAUAACCGCAUCAUGCCAACUGUAGUGCGCCCACCCAAGCAGCUUCUUCCAGAACCAGUGAUGUCACCAGAGCAGGACAUGGAACUGUAUGAACUCUCGGCAUCCUAUGAGAUUGGAAUUGUACGGCAGUUCCCUUUCUCCUCUGCCUUGCAAAGGAUGAGUGUGGUGGCCCGGCUGCUUGGAGAAAAGCGGAUGGAUGCCUACCUCAAGGGGGCACCAGAAGUGGUGGCAAGUCUGUGCAAAAAAGAGACUGUGCCACAGGACUUUGCAGAGGUACUAGAGGACUAUACAAAGCAAGGUUUCCGUGUCAUUGCCCUGGCGCACAGACGCCUGGAGUCCAAACUCACCUGGCAUAAAGUACAAAACAUUAACAGGGAUCAUAUAGAGACCAACAUGGAGUUCCUUGGCCUGAUCAUUAUGCAGAACAAGCUGAAGGCUGAGACUCCGGGAGUGCUGGAGGACCUCAAAAGAGCCAACAUCCGCACAGUCAUGGUUACAGGUGACAAUAUGCUGACAGCCAUCUCGGUGGCACGGGACUGUGGCAUGAUCCCACCACAGGAUCGAGUCAUUAUUGCAGACGCCCUGCCCCCUAAAGACGGCCAAGCGGCCAGGAUCAAUUGGCGCUACGCUGAUAACCCCAGCAAGCACGCCAGCAAGGCUGCUACACUAGAGGAGGUGGAGAUCAGUGUGGAGGACAGUCCUGAAGAACGGAAGCCAAUGGAACAAUACCACUUUGCCAUGAGCGGCAAGUCAUUUGCGGUCAUUACUGAGCACUUCCAGGACCUGCUUCAGAAGCUGGUUUUGCAUGGAACAGUUUUUGCAAGAAUGGCUCCAGACCAAAAGACCCAGCUAGUGGAGACACUACAGAGUGUUGAUUACUUUGUUGGAAUGUGUGGAGAUGGUGCUAACGACUGUGGUGCACUGAAGAGAGCUCAUGGUGGCAUCUCUCUCUCUGAGCUGGAGGCCUCAGUGGCCUCUCCCUUCACCUCCAGAACUCCCAACAUCUCCUGUGUGCCCAACCUAAUCAGGGAAGGCCGAGCUGCUCUCAUCACAUCCUUCUGUGUGUUCAAGUUUAUGGCCCUGUACAGCAUCAUCCAGUACAUCAGUGUCACCUUGCUUUACUAUAUCCUCAGCAACCUUGGAGACUUCCAAUUCCUCUUUAUUGACAUUGCCAUCAUCCUACUUAUUGUAUUUACCAUGAGUUUAAAUUCUGCAUGGAAUGAACUGGUGUCUCGACGGCCUCCUUCUGGUCUGAUCUCUGGGCCCCUGCUCUUCUCAGUGAUGACUCAGAUCCUCAUCUGCCUGGCCUUCCAAACCUUCGCCUUUCUCUUGGUCCGUCAAAAAAGCUGGUAUGAGCCCUGGACCCCUGUGUCAGAUGCCUGCAGUACCUCCUCCCAUACCAACCUCUCAGAGAACUUCACAGAGAUUGAUGAACACAACAUUAAGAACUAUGAGAAUACUACCCUGUUCUACGUGUCCUCCUUUCAGUACCUCAUCGUUGCCAUUGUUUUCUCCAAAGGCAAACCCUUCCGGCAGCCCAGCUACAAAAAUUGGCCCUUUAUGUUGUCUGUGCUCAGCCUCUACGUGUUCCUGUUCUCCAUUAUGCUUUUCCCUGUCCCUGCUAUCGAUUAUGCUUUAGAGAUUGUGUGUGUUCCUUUCGAGUGGCGUCUCACUAUAGUAAUAAUAGUGGUGGUCAACGCUGCUGUAUCUGUCCUUGCAGAGACCUUCGUCCUUGACAUCGUCUUAUGGAAGCUUGUGUUCAGCCGAGACAAGCAGGGCAGCUAUGGCGUCCUACCAGCCCCCCCGCCACCACAGGGAGGACUAGACUACUGUGGAUCCAAGCACUUCUCCUGGCUGUGCUGCUGGCAGAGGAGGGUGCCCAAAGCACGUUACAUGCAUCUGGCCCAAGAGCUCAGUGUGGACCCAGACUGGCCACCCAAACCCAAAACCACCACAGAAGCCAAAUCUCCCUCUCUGCCAGAAAAUGGCUCAUACCAAAUCAUGUCUGCUUCCUAGCCCCCGCCUCGCUUCAACAUUUCACACUUUCACAUUACACUGGGAACACCACUGGUGGGGGAUGCUUUUGGAUUCUUCUAAAAAGACAUUUUGAUGAGAUGUCCCACAUUAGUUAUGCAGGAGGGCAGGCUUCAGAAGUUAGGAAACAAACAUCAUUUUUCUGUUUACCCAGAGGAAUAACUGCAGUGUUGUGAGAGAGCAUUCACACGGUCAGCGUGUGCUGUUUUUCCCCUUUUUGUGCUGCUUCAGUUCCCUUCCUCCUGCCCCAUAGUUUAGGUGGGUGGGCACCGUGGACUGGAACUGUGGAUGCAUCGCCCCAGGGGGUGUGGUCUACAUACAUGAGACCAGCAUCAAUCAGCAUCAGCCAUGGACUUAACACUCAAUAAUAAUUACCUUCAUUUUCACAAGAUAUGGUUCAUACUGUUGUCACAGAGCUAAUUAUUGGAACUAAUUUGGUGGUGGAGCUGGAUCCUCCAGUCCAAACUUGAUGCCUCGUGCUGUUAGCCACUUGUUUAAUGUUGAAUGGGCUGUGUGGUAGGGGCUGCAUGCUAAACCCUUGGAAACAUCGUCAGCAUGUAACAACUUCAGCAUACAGUAUUGCAGCCAUUUUUUUUAAAUAUCUGUAAACAUGCAAGAUCCUUUCCUUUUGUAUUUCUUCCCAUGGAAGAAUAGAGUGAUUUUUAUUUUAGUGAAAGGCCAUGUGUACUCUCUUAAAAGGGCAUAGUUGAUACCUUUGGGCAUGGCCAGUUGGUAGACUUUUUAGCAGCGCUAGCUUGAGUGCCAGUCAGGAGACAACUCGUACGAACAUGGCCGGUUCUCACUCAGUGAUUAAAUGCUCAUUUGAAAACUAUACAUUCACAUAUGGCAGUCUGAAUCAGCACAGUGGCCAGCCAAUGAGAUGGCCAGCAGACACUCAAUAUUUGUAGUCCCCAGGAAGCAUUUUGGGGGCCAGUUAAGACAAAACUGAAAGGUUGUUGACUUUAGCAUUUCCAUUUUGCAAAAAUCCUGAGGCUCUAGAACUGUUGCAGUAACCUUUAACAUAGUUUCUGCUCCAACCACUAUAAAUUCCUUAUUUGCUUCUGAAAUCCAGAGAAAUGGGACUUUAAACAGGAGAAUUUUGAUUCUGCAAUCCACAUGUUUGCAGCAGUAGCCGUAAAAACUAGAAAGAUUGUACAACUAGAUAUUUGUCUUUCCUCCAUAAAAAGCAGAGCUGUUAGCAACAUGGAAGGCGAAAUCAGUUGUACUCCAGCAAUAUAGAUAAUACACAUAUAUUUGAAUUUAUAUAUGAAAUUUAUCAAUGGAGCAGCAAAUACAGCCAAAAUCAAGGCUACCUCUUGCCUGACUCCACGUUCCGCCAUACAUACAUUUGCAACAUUGUUACAUACUCUGUGUAUUUCAAUCCUGCCUUCAACAUGCAGUAUUGUUGAGUGCUCAAACUCCUUAUAUGUUUAUUUUUCAUUGUAGUGACAUAUCAAGUAAGAAUUUCAAAUGUUAUGUUGACAUAUGACAUUAUGUAUGACAUAAUUUAUGGACUCCAAAGUCUUUUUUUUGUUUAUUUGUUUGUUUGUUUUUUAAAACAGGUCUGUAUUUCCAGAAUAAUUCAAAAUGAUGCAAGUGCUGCUUUUAACAUUGUUCUUCACAAGCAUUUGAAAGCAUCUUUGUAUUGAAUGCAGUAUCAGUAAAGUUAGCGUACUAGGUUUUUCAGUAUGACCGAUGCUAAGCAGUUUGUAUUUUGUGAAAGCAAAAGCCAACUAAAAUAUGUUUAUAUACCUGAACCUAUAUACCUAACACAAUGGUGAGCGUUACAUUAAGACUGAGUGGUGGUUGGACUGUAAUGCAAGUCAUGUCAGUUAACAUUUCUACUGGACGGUUGUUGGUUUGUUCUUUUUUCUUUUGACUGUGUUCUUAGUGAUGCAUUCUUGGUGUGCCGAACCUUCUUCAGAAACCUGUGAGCUUUUUUUCUCUUUACUUGAUCCACAAAAUCAAAUCGUACGUUUUCACGUACAUAUGAAUUGGACAAUGACGCAGCCAGGCAUUUCUUGAAAGAAACGUCUGAAAUAUUCGACAGCUUCCCAUGAAGCUUUGGUGCUGUGUCUUGUGUAUUGUGCUAUUGAAAGAGAAAACUGACAGAUGAAAUGAAAUAUCUGGAACAAAAGUAGGUUGUAUAUGUGCUGCGAGGAAAGCAGUCAAAACUAGAUCAGCCAGCAUAACUUCUCUGAAAGUGAUUAUUUUAUUGUUGACUCGUAGGCUUUUGCUGCCUAGAUAUCUGUCUGAAAAAUGUACGUCUAUUUAUGCUUGCUCGAACUUGGCUUCACAAUCGGCUGUCGAUAUUUUGUGUUUUGAGGCCUUGAUUAUUUUUUGGUUUUAUCUAAAUAAGGGCUGUAGCUUUAGAAGUGUUUUGUUUUCUUUUCUUUUCUUUUCUUUUCUUUGUUAUCCUUUUGGUACUGUUUUGUAUUAUAAGUGAUCAUGUUCUGCUGUCUGUAUAUGUUUGUGAUGUCUGCGUAAUUGUCGCUGAUUGUUCCAUAGCUGAGUGUCCAUGUCACUAGCGCAAAUGGGCAUUUGUGUGGAAGAAUUGAUUAAAUUUAUUACUGUAAUUAUUUUAGAUGAUAUGGACGAAUCCUCUAUAGUAUCAGUGCGUUCAAAACCGUACACAAUCUUUAUCACAAUGUCUUUUUAUCAUGUAAAGCCCCAAGGAACCUAAAGAAAGAACAGAUGCAAAAGGGAUGCAAAGUUUAAGAUCAUCAUAUACUGGAUCUGGCACACAUACAUGACAAUCCCUUGAGUGCUUUGUCCCUGUCACACAUCAACUCGCAUGUAAGCAGUGCUUUUAGGAUUGGGGAGAGCAUUCGCUUGUUUUUACUCUAAUUGUUGUCAAACUUUUUUUUUUUUUUUUUUUUUUUUAAUUUAAAUCCGUUACUUUUGGAGGCUAUUUUUUGUGUGGACAUUCUUUCCUUCACUGCUACGAGGCGGUGAUUUCCCUAAACGCCUGCACCUUAAAGUGCUAAUCCAGUAUCUUGCAUACCUGCAACAUAGAUACUUAGGAGUCCUUCUGAACUUUGUUGUAGUGGGUUGUAAGUUGAGAUACUUAGCUCUCUGAAAAAGGUACAGAAAAUCAGCUAAGGGUGAAUAGCAUGCUUUCUUGGACAAUAAGGUUGUUUGUUUUCUGUCCUGCACUAGGCAGAAUGUGAGAUGAUGUUAUUAAGAGUAACAAGCAUAGACGUCCAUAGAAAUGCCAUGACAAUGUAAAUUUCUUUUGUCCAGCUUUGUCCUCGCACUUCCCCUGCAGGCGGUCAUGAACAUAUGCUUGUCCAGUUCUGUGCACAUCUGCAUAGAUCUGUGUUCAGUGUAAUUUUUGACUCCUGUUAUCUUUUGUUUCCCCAGAAUUUUUUUUUUGUACUGUACAUGUACGCCUGUACAUUUGGAUGUGCUUACAAGAAAAGUUUGGAUGAAUUAUUCAUUUUUUAUUUAAAUUUUUUUUAAAGAGAUCAAAUGGUUUAAUUUCCUCAGGGAAAUACAUUCAUAUUUGAUAUAAGAAAUAAUUGAUGCUGAUUAAAUAACCAGGAAAAAUUCUUGUGGGUCAGUAUCUCGGGCAUCAUCUAUAUCUAACGAAUAUUGGAUUUCUGAUCCAUAAA